CGAGAAGAAGAGGCGCGUUCACCUCUCAGUAAACGAAUAGCGGACUCGAGAGGAGCAGUUCAACAUGUCUUCGGCGCAAGUCUCCUCGUCGAGGAGACAGUCGUGUUAUUUGUGUGAUUUGCCGCGCAUGCCGUGGGCUAUGAUCUGGGAUUUUACCGAGCCCGUGUGCAGAGGAUGCGUGAACUACGAAGGGGCCGACAGGAUCGAGUUCGUCAUCGAAACGGCGCGCCAGCUCAAACGGGCGCACGGCUUUCAGGACGGCAGACCGCCGGGACCCGGGAAACAGCUGUCGGGGAAAGACAUUCAGUCCAUGAACCAUGCGCCGGGUGACCCGGGCUCGCGCCCGCCGCAGCCGCUCGACCGCUACCCGCUGUCCUCCGAGCGCCCGCCCAGGCUCGGACCCGAGUAUCAGUCCGCGCGGCAGGCGAACGGCAUCCCGGUGCCGAACGGAUUCUCGAAACCGGACGACCCGCCGGAGCUGAACCGCCAGAGCCCGAACCCGCGCAGGACUAGCGCCGUUCCGCCCAAUCUCAUGCCUUUGAUGAACGGCGGCAUGAUGAACGGCAGACCGCAGAUCUCGGGGCACGCGCCCGCGGAGCUCGGCGGGAGUAAGCGGCCGGCCUCCGUCUCCAGCACGGAGCACGACAAGGACAGACACAGACCGGACAGCCUGACGCCGGAGAUCGGAGACGGACACAAGGGCCGGGACGACUGGCUGAACAAGAACAAGACGGUUCGGGACAUGAUGACGCUGUACCCGCACGACGGCGGCCGGUUCAAGAAAGAGCACAUGCAGCAGAGGGUCAUGUACGAGACCAGCGCCCCUCCAUCUAAAUCCGAUAGAGGCAAACAUCCCAAGAAUCUCAAGAGGAAAGCCUCGCCCGAGCCGGACGGGGAGGGCACCGCCGUCAAGAUUAACGGGGACGGACAGCAGUGGCUUCCGGCGCCCGGAGAUGGCUUAAAAAUGCCACCUGUUCCUCCGCCCAGCUUCGCUGCCCCCCCUUCCACGAUUUCCCCGCACCCUCGCACCACCCCGCCGGAGGCCGCGAGCGGUGCCGCCGCUCAGAACGGACAAUCUCCCAUGGCCGCUCUCAUUAUGGCAGCGGAUAACGCCGGCGGCAACAGCUCGCCCAAGGACGCCAACCAGGUGCACUCGACGACGCGCAGGAACAGCAGCAGCCCGCUGUCCCCCAACCAGCGGCGACUGGCGCAGAGGGAAGGCUCGGGUGCCGGGACGCCCCACGUGCCCGGCAUGGAUGCGGUACAUCCUCAGAGCAUUCCGGACUCGUCGGUGCCCAGCAGCAUUCCGCUGUGCUGCACGCUGUGCCACGAGAGACUGGAGGACACGCACUUCGUCCAGUGCCCCUCGGUGCCCUCGCACAAGUUUUGCUUCCCGUGCUCCCGGGAGAGCAUCAAAGCGCAGGGGGCCACGGGAGAGGUGUACUGCCCCAGCGGAGAGAAAUGUCCCCUGGUAGGGUCAAACGUGCCUUGGGCUUUCAUGCAAGGCGAGAUAGCGACCAUUUUAGCUGGGGAUGUCAAAGUAAAGAAGGAAAGAGACCCUUAAGUAUAACUAUACCAUAUAUGCUUCCCGCACCAGAAACAGUCAAGUGAAGCGAGUAUAUUUACGGCUGUGUUUUAAAACCCCGCGAGCUGCCUACUAAACCGCGUAUUCGGGCAUCACAGGUGCGCGCGGCGUUUUUUGGGCAUCAUUCAAACUUAAAACGCGCCUGACGUGAACAAAGAUGCGGUGUGUGUGUGCAGCUCGCUGGGUUUUAAAGCACAACUCUAUUUGUUGUGAAUAUUGAAGUUACAGAAAUAGUCCAGUGUACAGAGACAUUUGCGUUUCGCCACGAAGGGGGAGGAGGCGGUGUGCGUGGAAACAUUUUUACGGCACUUUUACGGUUUACGUUAUAACGUUUCUAUUCGAUUUCAUACUCGUUUCCACAUCUACAUGUACAAUCCCAAGCAAAAAAAAUAUUAUUAACGAAUACACUUUUGUGGUAGGUGUAACAAACGAAGCGAGUCUAAGAGAGGGCGUUUGUUGUUUUUUGAUCUUGUCAUUUUUUUGUAUGAUCUUUAAAACAGCGAUUUUUAAUUUGUAUCCCGUGGUCUGAGAAUACAGAUAUAUUUUAUUACGUGAUUUCAUUCUCUCUUUUUGCUUUGAAGUUGCACGGACGCUUUAGUAGAGCUGAAAAUACUGUACAUGAAAAAAAGAAAAGCUCUGUUUGUUUAUACAUAUUUCUGUAGUAACAGAAGACUUGUAAUGUGCCUUGGAGCGGAGUAAAUUGUAAUAAAUUCAUUGAUAU